AUGUUAUAAUAAAAAAUAAGUUAAGAUCUUUAAGAGACUACAUGUAAAAGCCACAAUUUGGAAUUUAUUGCUGUUGAUUUGGAUAUGUCAAAUAGAUCAGAGAUUAUGUUUUUUUGUGGUAAAUGUUUAGUUGAUAAACUAAAUAAUAAUAAAGUGACGACCAUUGAGUAAUCGAAAGAACGAAUCUAAUAAAUGAAGACUUAAUAAUAAGAAAUAAAGUUUAAAGAGAAUCAAGCAAGACUAAAUUAUUUUAAGAGUAUUUUAGAUUAAAUAAUGGAUUUUAAACGAUCUAUAGAUGAUUCUUUAGAAAAGAUGUAUAAGCAAAUAUAAUAGUAUACAUUCUCAAUCUAAAAGGAAAAAUAAGAAUUACAAGAAGUUUAAUAUCGAUUGAAUUAUUUUGAGGAUAUAAAAUAAUUAUCAGAAUUCUCUUCUUUAGAUAUGUAGAAAUCAACUAUAUUAAUUGAAGAUAACGCUUUUAUCUAAGAGUUAACAAGAUAAUUUGAAUUGCUAUUUAAUAAUGCUGAAUAUUUUUAGACCUUAAGAUACAUUCAAAAAUACAAAAUAAAUAAUCCAAGAUUUAAUUGA